AUUCUGACAGUUGACGGUGCGAUCGGAACUUCAUGGCUUGACAGUUUUUGGUUAAUCGUGAUGGUUUGAAAAUUAUCAAGUACACAAGGCUUACGCAGAAUUUGGUUUUUGGUUUAUACUUCGGCUAAAUUUUAAAGUAUGUCUGACUCUUUCGAGGGAGGACGUUCUUCCUGUGGAAUCAUCGAACGAUUGGUGUCGCGAUUGAAAUCUUCCAGACCGACCAAUCAGGUGAGACGGAACCGAUGAACGAUGCGCAGGACGUUGUCGAAAAUUUGGAAGUGACGACCCACUCGGAGGAAAUAAAAAAUGUUGGAGAAAUGGAUAACCAAAAUCUACCGACAAAAUUCAAGGCGUUUUGUAAUGUUAUCGAACAAUUGGUCAGUUGCCUGAAAGACGAUGCCAAGUUGAAUCGAUACAUUUACGAAUAUCCCGAAAUCUUGCAAAGCCGAAUCAAUAAAGAUACAGAAGAAUUACAAAGCUUGUUAAACGAAGUAAGAGAAACAGCCACGAGCAUUAAAAAAUUGAAAAGCCAACAAAAAUGCGUAAAAAAAGAAGUUUCCAACAUUAAAAAAACUAUCAAACGACUUAAAGAUGACGAAACGCGUGAGCUAGAAUCCUCGCUAUUGCGCCUCGACAAGGACCUGUACAAUAGAUGGACGAAAUCGCGAUGGAAAUCCGAUGAACUGGAAGAGCUAAUGUUCGACGUUCAGGAAAAGCUAGUAGCUCUGGAGAGUCUGAAUAAUUUAAUAGAUCGACAACUAGGAAAGAGCAAACAAAACUCGACAAUAAACGAAGAUCCGGAGGAAAAUGUCAGUAACUCGGACCAACUAGUCCCGCUGACAUCGUCAGCCUUUUCUUUCGAAUCGCAAAUUCCACUACCGCCACCUUGCCCGAUGAUACUACCGAACAGAAUUGUUCCAUUGACUGUGAAUUCUCUGAAUAGAAACAAUUCCCGGCUUUCUUGGGUACAUCGUAGAGUCAGAGCCGAAAGAAGAGGAAACGUCACUGCGGUUACGACGAAUACUGAUAACUUUGAGAACGAACCGUUUAGUUUCCCUGUUAACGUAAACAAUGAUACAAAUGAAGGUAUCCUGGACAAUGAGUUGCCGCCGUUGGAAUUUCAUUUGUCCAGAUUCUCUUGUGAUUCUACUGGUACGACUUCUAGCACAACGUCGAACGGUUAUAGUGAGUCUACCACUAGCGAGAUGAUUUGAAUGUUUUUCUUGUAUUAGCAAUAAUCCAAUAAACUACUAAAGCUUAAAA